GCUGUGACGUCAUUAAGACUCAGCCCAUAUAAACAAGACAGUCCUGCUAAACAAACACGCAAGAGGUCGCGACGACGAUUAACGAGCAUAAUUCGGACACGCGCUGAUAUAUCGGGUACGCGGACAUGAAGCUCGUGUUAUAGACGAUCCGAGCACGAGCGUCGAUCUGUGGCGAUGGAUCGAGGCGAGUGUCGCAUGAGCGGCGGUGGUGGAGGAGGUCUGAUCUCACUGGAUGAUCUCGAGUCCGUGUCUGAGGAGCAGCUGUCUUACAGCGCCGAGGACGAGCACGAGGAGAUGGUGGAGGAGCAGGACAGACUCCUGAACUACUGGACAGAUGUGGCGCGAGGGCACCAGGUCGACGUGCCCACCGACAUGGCUGAACCCAUUCAACAGAUCACAAGCAAUAAUGAUGGAAGACACACGCGUGAGAAGGUCCCGUACACGCUCAUCACACGCAAGGAGAAGUGUGGAGAGGUGUUGUGGGAGAAGAGACAAUAUGAGAAGGCUAACUGGGCGUGUAUCACAGUCUAUGAAGACACGUAUGAACAGAGCAUCUGCUACGGCUUCAUGAAGAUCAUGAAAUACAUCUGUCAGCAGAACUCGGCAGGCAGUUAUCUGGGAAUGACGAUACCCAUCGUGACGGUGGUCCGUACAGAUGACAUGCACACCACCCUGUCUCGGGCCGUUACUGUAGCGUAUUACCUGCCCACCUCACACCAGAGUGACCCGCCGCGGCCGUCCGACCCUGAGAUUGUCAUCGAGCACUGGCCCGGCACCAUCAUCUACAGCAGGCCGUUCGCCGGUGCCACGAACGAGCUGUCAAUCAUUGGUGAGAUCAGCGGUCUGGCAGAGGUCCUCGACUCUUCGGCUGUUUGUGUGAAUGACUCCUUCAUUGUGGCCGGAUACACAAACCCCGCGGCGGUCAAUCGUCAAAACGAAAUCUGGUUCCAUGAGAGGCCGUGAGCUGCUCGCCAAAAACGUACGUUCCCCUUACCCACAAUCCUCUGCCCCUCCACUGUGGACUGAGAACAGUUGUAUUUCUACACAUGUGAGCGGUUAUUUGUGUCUGCCGUAUUUCUCUGUUCGUUCAUUUAGGUUGAUUGAUUUAUUCUGUCUAGAUGAGUUCUGAUUAAAGAGCUGAAACUUACACACGCCAACGCAAACAUCACUGUCCAAAGAACACUAUGUGAUCAUCACAACGUGUGAUGCAGUAAGACAAUCAUACAUCCUCCAUGACCACAGACAGCCUGUCUCACUCUCUGCCUGUUCGACUUGUGUGAUAGACACUCGCGUAAACAAAUAGAUAAAUAUAUAUAUAUAUGUUGACUGUCAUAGUGCUAUUUUGCUUGAAUAUUUUUGUAAAUAAAAGAGAGUUUAGAAGUGUAUAUAAAGCGAACAUCACUAUCAUCUGCGACAUCACAGCAGAAGGUGACAUGAAACUAGGGUCUGAUGUCGCGUUUCAGUUGAGUUUAUUAUUAUAUUAUUGAGUAACAUCACUGAGGAUGAGUGUGAAAUUAUGUGUUGGAUCUGAUGGAUGUCAGAUGAUCAGAUCACUGAAGGUUGAGGUUUUUUGUCCUCCUGUAUGUAAACUAUAAACUCUAUGAGAAGAUGAAACUACAGCUUCUGUGAAUUUCUGCACUGCUUUCUUCGUUUUUGCUUUCUGUGAGAGAAUAAAGUUCUUCUGAAACACA